GAAAGACAAAAAAAUAGUUAUGAUAAAUGUAGUUGUGGAUCUUUAAGGGUUUAUAGAUAUCAAUCAAAUUAGCGCAAGCUAAGCUUUUAAUAAGCAAAUGGAAAUAUUGAAACAUUACGUGGUUUAACUGACAUUUGGGCAAAAUAAAGUCAAAAGGAAAAUAUAGCAUAGAAAAUGUCAUCAGAAUAAUUAUAGUCACUUGAAACACAUUUACUUCAGUAAAUAUACUUUUAACUAAAUGAUGAAAAAUUGUGUCUACUUCUUUACCAACAACUAAUAAAAAUGAUGCUAUGGAAAGGAUGUUUUCAGCAGUGCUCUGUUUGUAGAACUCAGAAUGUCUUUCGCGUGAGUAAAUGCCAGUAACGUCCAGUCCAAACCACAAGCACAGAGCACAGAUGUGUGAAGGUCUUGUUUGUGCUGAAGGUGACGGAUGUGGUCUGGUGUUGAAAAACAGCACUCAGUCUUGUAAGAGUUUAUUUGUUCGACAGUGGAGGAUGAAGACAGCCAGACCACUGAAGCUGUAAUAGUGGACACCAGUAUGCUGGCUGCAGUCCUCACUGUCAUACCAGUAGUGUCACUAAUUCUGCUGCCCCUUCUGUGUGUGCAGUGCAAGAAAAAACCUAAGAUUAUAAAUGAAGAGCACCAAAUAUAUGAUCCCCCAAUAUUCCAGCGUGGGGGAAGUCUGUUUGCUGUGACAAGUUCAAAAACAGUCACCAGAGCCAAUAAAAUUCCUCCAGCCACUGUGGAAAGUACAGAGGCCACUGACGAUGUUGUUCCAGCUGCUGACGAUCAAUCAGAGUAUCAAAAUAUCACAGAAGCUCAAGCUGGAAGCCCUGAACCCACCUAUGUAGCCCCACUCCCACUCUCAGUGUACGUCAAUGAGACUAAAAACAAGAUUGUUGAUGCUGAUCAGGGUCCGGGUGUCUAUGAAAACAUUAUUAUAUCGCUGCCAAUCAGUGAUGAUGGCGAUGAAGAUGAUUAUGAAAACACUGCAUUCCUGGACCAGGUUGUGCAUCAACAGGAUGAUAAUGAGCCUGAUUAUGUAAAUGAGGAUGGCACCUGAUGCAGCACCUGUGACAGUACCAGAAAUCAUCUAAGGAAAUCCAUCAGAAGUUAUCACCUUGUACUGUUGGCUUUGUAAAACUUUUGAGUAAAUGUCUUAACAGCACUUUAUGCUCUAGACUGGUAAUAAAAGGUUGUAGUGUGGUAGUAUUUCA